UUUAGGUCCAAAAGCAGGAGUGAAAAUGAUAGAGUGACUACGAAUAGUACUGUAAUGGGUGAAAAGAGUGCAUCGAAAAUUACAAAGUGGAGGAGUAGAAAGAGACUAAGGAUGGACAAUACGGAGAAGCCUGUGGGGGAAGACAAACAAAACAGAAGGCAAGGUAAAAGAAUAAAGGUAUGCAUCGGUUUGUGCCAAGGUAUUUGUAGCAUUAGAAAAGUAAAGUAUAAAUUGUAGUUUUAUGUACAGAUGGAUAGCAGUGUGAUGAACAAGUGUCAAACGAAGAUCGUUGCUUUAUUGGCAAAGGAAACGAGGCUGGCAUCUAUCGGGGAAAAAUUGAGUGAGGGACGAGCAAAAAUACUGAAGUUCUUGUUUGACACUCAGCUGUCGCAAGGGGAAGUACUGGUGUCAAUUAAGGGGCAGACAGCAAGUCGGGAUGCAAUGGGGUCCUUGCUUCCUGAAAAACCCAUGGCAUGUGAUAUAAUCAAUUGCUAUUGUGCGAUGAAAACAGCAAGGCAGCAAAGGCGUCUUGACGAUCAUUCAAUGCGAUGGUGGUUCAUGCCAACUUGGUUUCAGCAAGAGAUUUUGGAGUUCAACAAAUCAGCAGACGAGCUGUACUGUACAUAUCUACAGGAAUGUAAAGUAGGAGGUAAUAUAAAAAAGUGUGAGAAGAUAUUCGUGCCAAUGUGGCACGAUGAGCAUUGGUAUAUGUGUGUGGUGGACAUGGGAAGCGAAGAAGUAUUAAUUUAUGAUUCAAUGAGAGGAGACGAGCAAACGGAUAUGAAUAGGCGCAGCUCCGUGGAGACAGUGGUAAACUAA